UGUCUUUCAGGCAUUACAGAUGUGCCGCCACACUCACCUCAUAGCUUAUUCCUGACUAAAUGGAACCGGGAUACGCCAUCUAAACUUCUAGUUUUGACUAAAUGGAACCUGGGACACACCAUCUAAACUUCUAGUUUUAAUUUAAAAAUCAGAUCUCAAGCCACCUGUCCAGCUGACUACAGAAUCCUGGGGUCAUUUACCAUGGAAGACGAGUUCUUUGGAGAAAAGAGCUUCCAGCAUCACUGUGCAGAGUUCAUCAAACAUUCACAGCAGAUAGGCGACGGUUGGGAGUGGAGAACGGCCAAGGAAUGUUCUGAUGGCUACAUGUGCAAAACACAGUUUCAAAUAAAAAAUGGGAUGACGGCAUCACAUCUGGGAACACCUGCCAGUGUACACGUGUGUCUUCCAACAGAGGAGGAUCUGGAGCUGCCCGUGGAUGGUUCCGAAGUGGCGGAGUCCACAACAGCGUCGGAAGUGAUCAAAUACGAGUAUCACAUCUUAUACUCCUGCAGCUACCAAGUGCCAGUUCUCUACUUUAGGGCAAGCUUUUUAGAUGGGAGACCGUUAGUUCUGAAGGAUAUAUGGGAAGGAGUCCACGACUGCUACAAGACACGACUGCUGCAGGGACCAUGGGACACCAUUACCCAGCAGGAGCAUCCAAUACUUGGGCAACCAUUUUUUGUUCUACAUCCCUGCAAGACAAAUGAAUUCAUGACUGCUGUGCUGAAAAAUUCGCAGAAAAUCAAUAGAAAUGUCAACUACAUCACAUCAUGGCUGAGCAUCGUGGGGCCAGUUGUUGGUCUGAAUCUACCUCUGAGCUAUGCUAAAGCCACAUCGCAGGACGAGUCAUCUGUUGACAAGCAAGUCUUCCGCUGAUCCUAGAGACUACAGCAAGCCUCAGUGCUUAUGGAACUGGGACUGCAGUACCUCAUGUCAUCAAGAUUUGAUGCAGAUUUCUUUCCUUGGGAAGAAGUCUACAAAACUGUUUGGAAUAGUGGUUGUGUGGAAGGAACACAUCGCAGAUUCAGAUAACUAUACCUAGCAAAAAUGAGUCUAUCUAACCCAGUGACGUUGUAAUGCUGACCUCAUCAGGGCUCACCCAGGCCAUUUUACUACGGGCACAGUUCUUUUUCUGUUGUGGAGAAUGGUGGAGAAAUGCAUUUGUGUGUUUAGUUUUGCAUAAGAUGAAUGGAAAUUGCCUUUAAUCCCAGCACUCAGGAGGCAGAGGCAGGUGGAUCUCUGUGAGUUCAAGGCCAGCCUGGUCUACAGAGCGAGUUCCAGAACAGGAUCCAAAGCUAUACAGAGAAACCCUAUCUCAAAAAACCAGAGAGGGGGGGGAGAGGAUGUAUGGAAAUUAAAAUGUAGAACUUACUUGUCUCUGGAAA